AUGCCAAAUGCAGCCAUACCCGGUCGGAACCCUGUUGAUCUGCCUCGACCAGGAAAGAGACGACGUCUACGAUGUGAAUUCGACACGAUUCUCUCAGAGUCCGAUGGAACGAUCGAGGACCAUCAGCUUUGCGACCAUUUGAUCAGCACCACCACGGAAUCGAACAAGAGGCUCAGGUCUGAGCUCGCGGAAACACGGAGAGAGCUGGCAAAAGCUCAAGGAGAUUAUGAUGAACUGGAAUCUAGUCACUCACAGUGCCCCUACUGGAUACAGAGAAAUGAGUCUCUUGCUUCUGCUUUGGACGAUCGCUGUGAGAAGAUCGAGCGAGAGAAAGAAAGGCUCCAGAAUCUGUGCGAUGAGCUCAAAGCUGAGAACCGACGUCUUCGUGGUCAAGGCUGCGACGAAAGCAACAAUAUCAAGGGAGAGGAGCUCGAUAACAUUUAG